GCCUAUGAUUCUAACAGGCAUGUAGUUGGUCAGCUAUCGUCCUGGCUUAAUCGGUGUUGCUGACGUAGAAUUGAAGAGGGACUGCUUGUGCGGGACCGGCGUUUCUACCUGGCGGCGUGAAAUAUCCGCAGAUACAAUGUCAAAGGUUACAUUUAAAAUCACUCUUACGUCAGACCCCCGACUUCCUUACAAAGUCUUAUGUGUUCCUGAAAAUACACCAUUUACAGCAGUUUUGAAGUUUGCAGCAGAAGAAUUCAAAGUACCCGCAGCAACAAGUGCCAUAAUUACAAAUGAUGGAAUCGGGUUGAAUCCAGCACAAACAGCAGGAAAUGUGUUUUUGAAACAUGGCUCAGAACUGCGCCUCAUCCCCAGAGACCGUGUUGGCAGUUGUUAAUGCAGCCCACUGCUAAAUAUGAAGUUCAUCAUUCAUUGACAGACUAAAGUGUUUAGUCAUAGAAUUCCAGUUUUUUUUGGGGGGGAAGCAUAAUCUCCAGGUGAAACCUUUUUCUCCCUUACUAUCGGGGACCUUUGAUUUUUGAAGAUUUUAGAGUCAUAAAAAUGAGCUCAACAUUAAAAGGCCGUGCCAUUGUUCUUUUUAAUUCUAUAGAUUAUCCCUCUAAGUAUUCUGUUUCAGAUUACAGGGCAAACAAAUGGUUGUAGAUCUCUUAAUUAUGAAAACAUAUGUCCCUAUCUUCAAACUUCUUUUUAACAAAUACUUUUUAUGCACCGUAUGUUAGUUCUGAUCUUUCCAAAAAUGCUUUAAUUUCAGUUGUGUUGAACUCUUCUGUUUCUCUGUCAACAUUAGGAUCUUCCCGAGUCUCCUACCAUAGAGCCCAGUCUAUUGACUUGUUGAUGGUGCGAAUUGAAACUGUUUUAUUUUGUGCCUGAAGGUCAGAUUAAAUCUGUCUGGCAUUUGGCUGAAUUUCUUUAACCACAAUUUGAACAAUACACCUGUGCAAUCUUAAAUCAGUUUUUUUCUCGUGUCCAAGUUGAGAGAGAUUAACUAAAGUGGCCAUUGUCUCAAACUUCUUGUUAACAUUGAGUAUGGUAGACCUCAAAACAUGGAGAUGGUUAGUAGCCUUGAGAUUGUCCAUACUUGCUUAUAAUUUUCUUAAAAGUCGCUGAACUUUGGGAUUCUAACAAAUCCCCAGUCAAAUCCUGGAUCUAUUGUUGUUUUCUGUGGAUUUUAUUUUUAAAAUUCUUAUUCCAUAUUUAAUUGGAAAGCAUUAAAAAAAACCUAUAUUCAUAACAACUCUUUGCAUGAGCAAGCAAAUUCUCGGUUGUUGGAUCUGAAGGAGACAUUGAAAAUUUCAUGUUAAAAACUCGACUGGAAUCGUUGCCUUGGAUUUUGCCACUGGGCCAACAAUUGCUGGGUCUUGUUGUUAAAAAUAAAAAAUGACUAAAUGCCAGCUCCAUUAUUAUGCCAAACCUAAAUACCUAAAUGUUUACUUCUCACCACAAUCCGUCAUCAUAUUCAGCAUGAGAAGAAGAAUCCCAGCUAGCACUAAUUAAUUCAAAUGUUCAUUGUGUUUUAAUGAUGGUGCCUUCAUUAUGCAGACAAUGAACGCUGGUAGGUGUGUUUAAUUAAGGAAAACAAGCGGUUGAUGCAUUAUUAAUAUACAAACUUUUAAAUUCAGGUCUUCCCAUUUUGUGUCAUGUCAGUAAUUAUUUGAAAUCAUCUAGCUGUAAAGUGAUUGCUGUUAUAUACUACCUACCCACUCUAUCCAUAGAGUCUUAUCUCUGAAUAUAGUAAUGGCUGGUGACCUAGAAUUGUUCGAUUGAAUUCUUUGUUCUUUUUAGUUUAUAAAGUUUGUUCUGUUAUAUAAAAUGCCAGAUUUGUAUUAGGUCAGCGCAUCAUUCAUCAAAUAAACUUUAUUUUUGAAACUUGUGUUGAUAAUAUAUAAAAUCAUGUUUAGCUCUGUGUAGAUUACUUUUGAGAACAGGUUUGUGUCUCUGCAUCAGAAACAUGCAUGGCAGUCAUAUACCACAGUGGGUACUCUUUGCCUGGUACUUUAUCACUGACUUCAAAAUAAAUAAUUUGGAAUUUU